GCAUAAAUAGGGCAUCGAUCCCUCAGAGGAAUCAUCUCGUCUUCGCUGACUUCAAAGAAGAGACAAGCAAACCACCUGCAAUCGACAUCAUGCGUGCCUUUCUAGUUCUGGUCAUGGUUGCUGCGGCCAAUGCCGCUAAUCUACUGAGAGUACAGGAUAGCAUUCCCGGUCAGUACAUCGUCAAGAUCAAGUCUGAUUUCGACGUUGAAUCCAUUCUGCCCACCGUGCGUCUUGCUGGCGGUAAUAUUCGACGUAUUUUCAAAUCAGCUCUUCAUGGCUUCUCCGCAGAACUCUCUGAUGAAGUACUGGACGUUGUGCUUAACCUGCCCGCUGUUGAAUAUGUUGAAGAGAAUGGUAUUGCCCGCCCUCAAACCGUGCCGUCAUGGGGUCUCGAUCGUAUCGACCAAAGAGAUCUUCCACUAGAUAACACCUUUCAACAUCACCUUGCUACUGGAUCUGCUCUGGUCCACGUCUACGUGAUCGAUACUGGCAUCCAAGAAAAUCACGACGAAUUCACCAACCGUGUACAUAUUGAAAACCCUCUUCAGCUCACGAACCCGAAUGAUUGUCAUGGACACGGCACCUACUGUGCUGGGAUCGCAGCUGGUACCAAUUAUGGAGUGGCGCCUGGAGCCCAUCUCUGCAGUGUCAAGGUUACAGAUUGCACAGGAUAUGCAACAAACGAUAAUAUAAUUGCUGCUGUCGAAUGGAUAGUGGAACAUGCUGAAAAGCCUGCAUUUGCAUCGAUGUCCCUUGUUAGUGGCAAAAGCGAUUCUUUAGACACGGCUGUCAGCAGUUUAGUGUCUAGCGGUGUCCAAACCGCGGUCGCAGCCGGGAACUACAACGCUGACGCAUGCUAUUAUUCUCCAUCUGGCGCAACAGGGGUCGUGACCGUCGGAGCUACCGAUUCUACUGAUGUGAGGACUUCUAACUCCAACUAUGGAUCUUGCGUGGAUAUCUUCGCACCUGGUGACCAAAUCACGUCUGCCUGGUAUGACGCAGACAGCACAUCAGCCACACUAACCAGUAGCGGCACAUCUAGCGCAUGCGCUCAUGUCACUGGUGCAAUGGUAUUGUAUGCCGUGGCGGGAAAUCAGCAGGAGACGGAUGACGGUCUAAAUACAGUCAAUGAGCUCAUCAAUGGUGCUACCGCGGAUAAAAUAACCAACGCUGGCACCGGUUCUAAUAAUCGCUUGCUCUACGUUUAAACCAAACGGCGGUUAAACUUAUCAUUAUACCGAACUACAUUUUCAUUGAACACAAUCAAUCCUUGCAGAUGAAAUUGUCUCUACGAUCUUCAACGCUGCAACCAUCUUCUUCUCCUUAGAAAUAUAAUUCUAUUACAAAAUUCCAAGUUUUCAUAAUAAUAUUUGUUACUACUUACUUCGAUGGUUUUUCAUCUAGUUAAAUACAUAUGCAAUGAAAAUAAAACUUGAUGGCUUAUUAUGCGCGAGUUUAUUUUCAUGUACAUGACAUUAAGAAGUUCAUCAAAAAAUUGUUUGACGCCAUUUAACAUUGUAAUGCGAAAUAAAGAACUACCUUUGAGACAUAGUCCACCAAAUUGCUAUUUAAUUAGAGACAAAGUGACAUUGACAAUGACGAAGUUAUCUUGAGUUUACAAAAAUUAAAUAUAGAUUUCGUUUAUCAGUUCUGCUGUGCACUUCUGGUAGCGAACGUGUACUGAUGAAAUAAAGUUCGCUUCAAUCCUA